AUGUUUGCUAUUCCAUGGGAUGCAAAGAAAAAGGAAAUAAAAUCCACCUUGAUACCUUAUCGGACGAGGACUAUUCCAUGUUUGCUAUUCCAUGUUUGCUAUUCCCGUGAAUUUGAAAGUGUGGCUCGGCAGGUUGCCCGGGAAUUUCAGGGCCUUCCCUUGGCACUCGUAUCAGUUGCGAAGGUGCUGGGUGACAAAGAUGAGGAAGAAUGGGAAAAGGCAGCUAGGCGACUUAAAAUGUCAGUAUCUCCAAACCCUGAUCACGAGCAAAAAGUUAUCGAGUGCCUCAAGUUGAGCUAUGAUUACUUGAGAGAUCAGGGAGCCAAAUUAUGCUUCUUUAUGUGUUGUCUCUUUCCAGAAGAUCAUAAUAUCAGCAAGUGUUGGCAAGAAAAGAGCAGCGUUUUUUUGGCAGAUGCUGGUUCUGGCAGGGAAGAGUGGCCACGACCGACACUGGAGGAUGGUUUUGAAAGCUACACAGCAGUCUCAGUUAUGUUCAAUAAUAUCGAAAGACUUCCUUAUGAGCUGGUAUGCCCAAUACUCAAAACCUUGUUGUUGCAGGAAAAUAGCAAUUUGAUGCAGAUCCCAAUUGGUUUCUUUAAUAAACUGAAUAACCUUAAGGUUCUGGAUAUAAGUGGGUUGCAGAUAGAGUCACUUCCACCAUCAAUUGGACUCCUACAGAACCUUUGCACCUUAUAUAUGGAUCGUUGCAAGUCAAAAGAUAUAUCCAUAUUUGGAGGACUCAAGAAGCUUGAAAUAUUAAGCCUCAGAAAAUCUCGUAUUGGUAGCAUCCCAAAAGAACUAGCAGAAUUGAGUGAGUUAAGGAUGUUGGAUAUGACAUCUUGUCUCCAUAUGGAAACCAUCUCCCCACAAAUAAUUUCAAGACUACAAGUGUUGGAGGAGCUAUACUUGCAUGGAAGCUUUUGCCAAUGGGGUGGUAGGGUGGAGGGAACCAGUGAUGAAAGUAACGCAAUCCUUGAAGAGGUAAUAAACUUGCCUCGACUAACAAUUUUGAAGGUUGAUAUAGUAGAUGUUAAUUGCUUGCCCCUGAAUGUAAACUCAACUCCAAACUGGAAGAAGUUUGACAUAUGUAUAAGCAGAUCAUAUUUCAACCGGCAAGUGAAUGAGCACUUGUCAAAAUUGAAUCGGGUACCUACAAGGACCUUGUUUAUUGACGCUACAAUGAACAAAUUACCAGAUUGGUUCUUUGAGGCUGUGACCAAGAAAGCAGAGAUGCUGAUCUAUUCGUCCUGUGAUGAUCUCAUUGAAAUUCUUACAAUGUACAACAGGGCAAGGUUGUUUAGUUUGAAGGCUCUCCAUGUCGAACAAUGCCACAAUAUAGGAUGCUUGAUACCAUUACCAGAAGGUUUCCCAAACCAACCAGUGUUUGAGAACUUGCAGGAAUGA